AUGUCAACCCUUUCGCUCAUCUACCGUAGUCUUACGUCGGAAUCACACCGUGACGAUCAGAUAAACCUUUAUCAUUUUAGCGAAGAUCGUGCAUGGUCAUUCUGCAUAUCUCUUUGUAUGCAACAUCUCGGGGGUAUGAGAUUGGUGUCGAUUGAACAAUUUGCAGAAAGUAUCGGGCAAAUGAUUUUUAGCGGUCAUCUGGGAAGCGUAUUUGAUCGAAUCAGCAGAAAGAUUGCGAUCUUGUCGGUUAUUCCCGUUAAUAACAUCACAAUUUUACUCGGGGCAGUCAUGUUUAUAGUAUGUUUGUCUGUACAGAUAGACUCAGUUAUGUUCACAAUAUUUAUGGGAUUGGGCAUUCUGAUGUGCGCCGUUAAUCGCUUGUUUCUCAACGCGGAGAAAACCCUGUUAUCCAGAGAUUGGGUAGUUGUGAUCACCGAUGGCGACACUCUUUCUGGUUGGUUAAUUGAAUUCUUGCUUGUAGUAUUUACACUCGAGUUUUUCAAAGGUUUGAAUGCUAUGUUAACUUCCUUGGAUCAACUCGCAAACGUUAUAUCUCCUAUCGUCACGGGGUUAGAAAACGGUUCGAUGUUUGCUUCAUAA